GCUUUACAUAUCCUAGAUCUUGAAUAGUUCCUAGAAGAAGAAGAAGGAAAAUGAUAUAUUCCCAUUUUAUAUUCAUUUUGUUCAGCAUAUUGUUCUUUCUUGUUGACACAGAUGGGAUCCAACUCAUAAUAGUUAACAACUGCAAUGAAAGCGUUUGGCCAGGAAUUUUGGGGGGAGCAGGACAGCAGACCCCGAAAAAAGGAGGAUUCCAUCUGCGUAGCGGGGAGGAAGUGGUGGUGGAGAUGCCCGAGAAGUGGUCGGGCAGGAUAUGGGGGCGCCAGAACUGCUCCUUUGACAAGCACGGGGAAGGCUCUUGCCACACAGGCGACUGCAACGGGCAGUUACACUGUGACGGGAAGGGAGGCCUGCCGCCAGCCACAGUGGUUGAAAUGACGCUCGGCAGCCACUCCUCCCCCCUGCACUUCUAUGACGUCAGCUUAGUGGACGGCUUCAACUUGCCGGUUUCAAUGGAGGCAGUUGGGGGAGGGAUUGGUUGCGGGGUGGCUUCCUGCGAGGCGGACCUCAACAUGUGCUGCCCAUCCGCACUGGAAGUGAGGGUGGGAGGGAAGGUGGUUGGGUGCAAGAGCGCCUGUUUGGCAAUGCAGUCCCCCAAGUAUUGCUGCACUGGGUGGUAUUCAAACGCCAAAGCCUGCAAACCCACGCUCUUUGCCCAUCUCUUCAAGGCCUUCUGCCCCAGAGCUUAUAGCUACGCUUUUGAUGAUUCCACUAGCCUAAACAAAUGCAGGGCUCCUAGAUAUGUGAUUCUCUUCUGUCCUCCCUACCAAUGAUUUGCCAUUUUUACGUACCAAUCAUUAAGCAUUGUUCUCCAACACUGUUUGUCACUAUUAUCAACCACUAAUAUAAUAUAAUGCUGCUACAUGUAAACAGUUUUAAUUUAUUACGGAGUAGCUUAUAAUGUGC